ACAUCGGUUCUGGGGCUCAAGUUCUCGGGCGGGGUGCUGCUGGCCGCGGAUAUGGUGGGAUCCUACGGCUCCCUGGCGCGGUUCCGCGGCAUCUCCCGCCUGCUCAAAGUCAACAACUCCACCGUGCUCGGAGCCUCGGGGGACGUGGCCGAUUUCCAGCACCUGCGGCAGCUCCUGGAGCAGAUGGUGAUCGACGAGGAGCUGCUGGGGGACGGGCACAGUUACAGCCCCCGGGCCGUGCACUCGUGGCUGACGCGCGUCCUCUACAACCGGCGCUCCGCACCAUCACUGGCCACGGGCUUCGGGGCCUACCUGGCCCAGCCGCUGCUGCGGGCGGCGCUGGAGCGGGAUCAGCUCCCGACGCGGGAGGAGGCGCGGGAUCUGCUGGAGAGAUGCCUGAAGGUCCUGUACUACAGGGAUGCUCGGUCUUUUAAUAGGGUUUGUAUCCCAAAUCCACCCCAAAUCCAUCCUAAAUCCAUCCUAAAUCUAUCCCAAAAUCCAUGGGAGCCAGGGAUCCACCCCAAAUCCACCCCUAACCCCGGGAUCUGCUGGAGAGAUGCCUCAAGGUCCUGUACUACAGGGAUGCUCGAUCUUUUAAUAGGGUUUGUAUCCUAAAUCCAUCCCAAAAUCCUGGGAAUUCACCCCAAAUCCAUGGGAGCCACGGGAUCCACCCCAAAUCCAUCCCAAAUCCACCCCAAACCCCGGGAUCUGCUGGAGCGCUGCCUGAAGGUCCUGUACUACAGGGAUGCUCGGUCUUUUAAUAGGGUUUGUAUCCUAAAUUCACCCCAAAUCCAUCCUAAAUCCAUCCCAAAAUCCUGGGAAUUCACCCCAAAUCCAUGGGAGCCAGGGAACCAUCCCA